AUGGAAACUAAAAUCAAAGUGGAAACCGUUGGAUAUUACCAUCAAAAAGAGGACAUGACAGCCAAUGUGGGUCUACUUCCUAAGAAACUCAACAAUAAUCGAAAAUAUUUCGAGAAUCCCUCUUUGAAAUUUCCUUAUUUGAAUCUGAACGUUGAAGUCAAAGAUCCUGGAAUAGGAGAUGUCAAACUUGAGUCACUUAUUGACUUCAUUCGUCUCAAAGGAUGGCCGAACGGUGUUAAACCGGACAUUGUUACCAGUAAAUCCACUCUCAUUUCUGUUGCCCAAAAACGUCCAGACAUAAGAAUCCAAGUAACGCGCUUGUUCGGAGUGAGCUAUUUAUUGAAGUAUCACGAAGGACCUUAUAAUUUUCCAAUGAGUGAUAGAAAUGGAAAUUUCGGAUUGAUUUUUCGACACUUUUUCACUCGAAAUGACGAUGAAGAACUAUUGGAAGUGGAUAAAACUAGUACGAAAGCAGUGUUCCGAGCAACUGUUCCAUAUCUGAAUGGUUGUUGGAACAUACUGUAUUCAGGAGAAGUUCCAGCAGUGGAUGACCAAAACCGUCAUUACGAUUUCCGAGUUGUUUCAUGGGGGACUAGAAAUCCAUACUUCUGGAAAAACAACAGUUGUCGUUGUUACUGGAAAUCUGUUUUCGGAAAUGCACAAUACAUUAUAGUCGGAGCGAGGACUCACAAUGUCCAAAGCGAUCCGAAAACAAGAAGUCCACAUAGAAUUCCGGAAAAAUCGGUAUACGAAGUUGAACGACUGGAAAAGGAGUGUUGUCCAGUGGAAGCUGCAAAAAGAAAUCCAUUAGAAGCGUGGACUGUUUCAGAUGGAGAGAACACCAUUCAAGAUCUUUUGAUGUUGAUUGACACCGUUGUUACAACUGAAGGUCAUAGUUACAUUAUCUCGAGGAACAGCGAUAAUUCCGAAUGGGUUAUCGAAGAAGACAGUGAAGGAAACGAAGAGUUUCAAGAUCUUGUCGUUCGAUGUAUUCCGCGGGAAUGA